UCUACAUUAGCCAUCGGUAGGACUCCACACGCGGCUGGUGUUGAGGCGCUAUGUCCGGGUUUUCUUUUUGACAUUUUUCAGCUGAGAAAGGUCGUUCCUCUUCCUCCUCCAGUGUUACGUUCACGGCACCGUUGUUGAUUAUAGUUGUCUCCUUGCGUGUGGCUUGUUUGUGGAGGGCAUAGCGUUCAUCUCUGUCUGUACAUCACUCAGUCACUAAUUCAUUUCCGCAGGCAGCAGGUCAUACAGACAGCGUGACUGUACCUGUGUGCCCGGGUGUGUCUUUGCACAUCUCGCCGGUUAAUUAUUGACGGCGUGUGUGUUAGUUGACUUUAAAAAUCCCUGUGGCAGCCAUAAGGUGAUAAAAAUGAAAGCACUCGAGGGGGAGGGGGUGAGGCGCUGGGGGAAAGAAGUGUCCAGAGGUUGUGAGACACAGUAAGGAUUUGUGACGUGGUUGCAGGGUUGGGGCAGGGGGAGAAAUACGGGCGGUACGAGCAGUAAAAGAGCUGGGUACAUCGGAUCCAACUUCACGUUGAAGGGAGGACCACUUGGCUGGUGUCCAGAGAGAUAAGUGUGGUCGGAUGAAUGUGUCCUUGUUUUACUCGCAGGCACAGCGUCUUAUCCUUUAAAGCUUCAACGCUGGAUCGAUUUAAAAGGCUUGGGCACCAAUGAAAGAAUGACCAGUCGGAUGAUUUAAGGAUACCUCAAGGAAACUUUUAAUAUUAUUAUUAUAUAUAUUUUUAAAUCCAUUCACCGGAUGUUUGCUCAAUGACAUCUUGUUUUUUCUGGGAUACAAAACUUAAAGCGUGUCCACUAUUAUUUUAAACACUACUUGGCAGCUUAACCAUGGCACUUUAUGUCGAAGGUCUGAGUAAAGGUGUGGCUAACGGAGGGAUGGCUCAGUUCCAGGAAACGAUGCGGCAGCAACUGGAGAGCUCCAUGCACGAUGAGCUGGAGAAGCUGCUGGACACCACCACAGGGGCUGAGCGAGAGGUAUCCAAGAAAGACUUUGAGGGCUUCAAGAAUCUCUUCCAUAGAUUUCUGCAGGUGAAGGGACCAUCAGUGGAGUGGAUCAAGAUACAGCGACCUCCAGAAGACUCUAUUCAGCCGUAUGAUAAGAUUGCCGCUCGAGGCCUGCCGGACAACGUGGCCAACAGCUUGAACAAACUGGUGGUGGUGAAGCUGAAUGGAGGCCUGGGUACCAGCAUGGGAUGUAAGGGCCCCAAGAGCCUGAUCAGCGUCCGUAACGAGAACACCUUCCUGGACCUCACUGUGCAGCAGAUAGAGCACCUGAACAAGACUUACAACACAGACGUACCUCUGGUCCUCAUGAACUCUUUCAACACAGAUGAAGACACAAAGAAAAUCCUGCAGAAGUACACACACCACCGGGUCAAGAUACACACCUUUAACCAAAGCAGGUACCCUCGCAUCAACAAAGAGUCUCUCCUUCCCGUGUCCACAAACUUGAGAAUGACCGGGCAAAACGCAGAGGGUUGGUACCCUCCCGGUCACGGCGACAUUUACGCCAGCUUCUACAACUCGGGCCUGUUGGAUCAGCUGAUUGAGCAGGGCAAAGAGUACAUCUUCGUGUCCAACAUCGACAAUCUGGGAGCCACCGUCGACCUCCACAUCCUGCACCACCUGGUCAGCCAGCCUAACGGCAAACGCUGCGAGUUCGUCAUGGAGGUGACGGAUAAGACCCGCGCUGACGUGAAGGGAGGCACGCUGAUCCAGUAUGAAGGGAAGCUGCGCCUGUUGGAGAUCGCCCAGGUGCCCAAAGCGCACGUGGACGAAUUCAAAUCAGUUUCAAAGUUCAAAAUCUUCAACACCAACAACCUGUGGAUCUCUCUACCUGCUAUCAAGAGGCUGCAGGAGCAGAAUGCAAUGGACAUGGAGAUCAUAGUCAACCCUAAGACGCUCGACGGCGGGCAGAACGUCAUCCAGCUGGAGACUGCGGUGGGUGCGGCCAUCAAAUGCUUCGACAACGCCCUGGGAAUAAACGUUCCCCGCAGCCGCUUCCUGCCGGUCAAGACUACGUCGGACCUGCUUCUGGUCAUGUCCAACCUGUACAGCCUGGAUGCCGGCUCGCUCAACAUGAGCCCGAAGAGAGAGUUCCCGACAACGCCGCACGUCAAACUGGGCAGCUCCUUCACCAAGGUUCAGGAAUACUUGAUCCGCUUCGAGAGCAUUCCCGACAUGCUGGAGCUCGACCAUCUGACGGUGUCCGGAGACGUCACCUUUGGGAAAAACGUGUCGCUUAAGGGCACCGUCAUCAUCAUCGCCAACCACGGAGAUCGGAUCGAUAUUCCGGCUGGCUCCAUGCUGGAAAACAAAAUCGUAUCCGGCAACCUCCGCAUCCUGGACCACUGAGGCCUUCUUCACCCUCAUCGUGUGACGUAGUCCCCCGUAAUCCCUGUCAUGUGACCCAUUUGACAUGUUGACACGACAUCAAGAGAUUGUGAGAGGAUAUGACUUUUUCCCCUGGAGGCUGAGUGUGAUUGCAUGUGCAGUGCUACCCUGCAGUCUCAGCAUUAAGAAGCAGUUCGCCUGCUUUGAUGGUUGGAAGCAGCUGGGAUAUACUGCCCUCUGCAGGCUGUUCAUCACAUAACCUUUAAAAGUAUUACUAAUGAACUAAUCUUAGCGACCACUUUUAAACACUUUUAUCCAGAUUAGGGAGAAAACAACUCACCCUUUGUUUUCUUUUCUUCUAUAUUGAUUUUGACUUUUGUUGGCCAGAAAAUAAAAAAUAAUAUAUUCUAAAUAGGUAGGGAUAAUAUACUGAUAUACUCACAUAUUAUUAGGGACACUAGUGGGAGUACAGUUUGGAGAACAAAUUAGAUUUGGGGUUUUUUGCACUGCUAAUGCAAUCACAAAGAUGAAGUCAUGGGCAUUACGGGAAGGUUUUGACCUCUUAUUUCAAGCACAAAGACGUCUCUGCUGGACUCGAUACGGUUUCGCAAUUUAGCCGCAGCAAAACACACAGAGUUGUGUAAUGUAAACCCAGCACAGGGUCCUGAUUUACCACUGAGUUCAACAAUACAACAGAAAAGGAUGUCUAGCAGUGCAAAAAUGACUUACUGGUACAUCAGAUUUCUUAGAAACCCAAGUGGAAAUGCAGCGCUUAGCACUGGUUUGGAGAGGUGUCAUUAGGAACCUCUGCUGGAUUUUCAGGGCUAAUGCAAAUGUCAUUUUAUUAGGGAGGAAAAAAUUCAGAUAUCAGGCGUGUCAGCAGUUUAUUCCACAAACUUGCCCUCAGUCUGCCCUCAAAUGUAGCAGGUAACGGCGACAAAGUGGAUACAAGCACCAAAAAUAGAGAAGUCAGUUGAAUUCUCAAGUAUACAGCUUAAAAGCUUCUUCAGAACUUCUUUGCUUCGUUUCUAACUAAAAUAUUUUAUAAUUGAAACAUUACAACACUGGUGUUUAUGACAGUAUACAAACACUGAGGGUACUUUUAAGGUUUUCUGAUAUUUUAUGAGACAGAAUAAGAUUCUCUGCAUUCAUUUUCCAACAGAAAUUGAACAUUUGGUCUGAUUUAGCGACUCUUAUGCAUCCAAAUUACCAGCACCAUUAAAAAAAAAAAGGUACUGUGGUUAAUACAGCUGUGUCUGCCUAUAUUCAUCCAAUGAGAAUGAAUUUACACUUCAUGUAUUUUACAACAGUGAAAGCUCCUUUUACCCUCGGUGCACACCCUGUCAGUCCAUCCUGCACCCCUGCGCUCCUGUUAGUAAAUUAUUCUGAAUCAAAUGUUUAUAAAUGAGACAAAAAAGACUUCUAAAGUUGACUCUGCUCAGUGGACUCGGUGUAAUUUGACACUAAGAUCAUUUAAAAUCAUCAAGUCUAGCUGACUUCAUCUGGCAAGCCUCUUGAAAAUGAGCUUUUAAAUGGAUAAUUGACUUUACCACAAAAGACUUUGGUACUUGUAUCCACUUGUGAAAGGUGUCCCGGGAGUACUAAUUUGUCGGCUGCACUAUGAGGAUGGACCGACCUCUGUAGUACCAUCGGCUCAGCUGUGACGCCGCAGAGAGCUCUGAGAGCAUUGUUAAUGGAGGCGAGGCUGCUCUGCUGCAGAAACUGAAUGAUAUCAUUUUUUUAUGCCUCAUGCUCAGUAAAAAAAAAAACCACAAACAAAAAAGCAACCGUAUAAAGCUUUUUCAUAUCGGCACAUUUUUUGACCAAAAUGUUCUGAGAUUGUCUGAUGUUGUCGGAUCAACUGAUUAAAACGAUCAAUAACAUCAAUAUAACCAGCUCUCCAGUUUAUAUAGUAUUGAUGUAGCUGAUACAGACUUCUCACUGACUUUUAACUGCAUUACCAUCCACAAGUCAGUGUUUUGCAUGUGUCUAAAAACACUCAGAACCGUUGGAAACAUGAGAAUAAAUGGCAAAGGCGACGGCUUGUUAUGCAUGUGGCUCAAGUGAAGCUUGGCUUUCAUUAGUUUCAGGUUUCACUAGUGUCAUAUCACCGUACCCUCUCAGUUUAUUGGCUUCAAAGGAUGAAGACCCAAAGAUAAUACAUUUUGAGCAGCGUUCUGAUGGAAAUGUGACUUUUAUGUCCUUUGCUGCACUCUCCUGCUGAUUUUUUUUUCACUACAAGCCGCAUCUAAAAUGCGCGAGUCGUCAUUAGAUCUGUUGUUGCCGUGAAGAUUAAACAGAGCAGCUUUAAGCUGAAUUAGUGGAGCCCACGAAGCCCGCAGCGACGUCUGUGCUGAGAAAUAAUUGGGUACUGCGAUAUGAGAUUUUCUGGGACAGGAUGUAAUUUUAAAGUGAAGGCCUUUAUUCGUCUCUGUGUGGAGUAGCUGACGAGAACAUCACAGUGUUGUGUAUUUUUUUUCCGGUUUGUUUUCACCUUCAUGUCAUGUGAAACCUCAGCGUUUCUCCGGUUUCUCUGCCCAUCCCAUCACUCAGCGUUAUUCCUUCACCCAAAGACACGAGGUGCUGUGUUUUCUGCAGUGUUGGGGCACACACACACAUACACAUAUUCAUUUACAUAUGUACAUGUACACAAAGUUUCAGUGUGAGUAUACUUGAGAUGGGUCCGACCCGUGCGGACCGAGAGCCCGAAAGCAAUAAGUGUUGAUCUGUGACAGCGACGAGGUCUCAGCCCAGACCGCUUCUGCCUCUUCAGAGGUGAAUAAAGUGCAAUAUGAAAUACCGAA